UUUGGCGCAGUAGGGGUCACACUGCAUUGAAACAUUGAGAAACUGUGUUGUCAUCCUUGAAUCGUCCACAUUUUAUACAUAAACCGUUUUUUGAAGGCAUACAUAAAUCAUAAAGUCGUUCACAAUGUCGAUUAUGUCAUAUAACGGGGGCGCGGUGAUGGCCAUGCGUGGUAAGGACUGCGUGGCGAUUGCCUCCGACCGGCGCUUUGGGGUCCAGGCACAGAUGGUGACCACUGAUUUCCAGAAGAUCUUUGCCAUGGGCGAGAGACUCUAUAUUGGCUUAGCUGGCCUUGCCACUGACGUGCAGACAGUGUCUCAACGUCUCAAAUUCCGCCUCAACUUGUAUGAACUGAAGGAAGGCCGUCAGAUCAAGCCCAAGACCUUCAUGAGUAUGGUAUCCAACCUCCUUUAUGAGAGGAGGUUUGGUCCAUACUACAUUGAGCCUGUGAUUGCUGGUCUAGACCCUAGAACAUUUGAACCAUUCAUCUGCUCCUUGGACCUUAUUGGCUGCCCCAUGGUGACAGAAGACUUUGUGGUGAGCGGCACAUGCUCUGAACAAAUGUAUGGCAUGUGUGAGUCCCUCUGGGAGCCAGAUAUGGAACCGGAGGACCUGUUUGAGACCAUUUCUCAAGCCAUGCUGAAUGCAGUGGACAGAGAUGCAGUGUCUGGCAUGGGAGUUGUUGUCCAUGUCAUUGAGAAAGACAAAAUCACCACUCGGACCCUCAAGGCCAGAAUGGACUAGAAUGCUUGAUCAUUAGGACUUCCCUUAAUUUUUCCAAUUCUUAUUUUGAUACAUUAAACUUGCACCAUUUUCUGUUUUGCAGAAAGGGGUGAAAUUGUCAAAUAAAUAUGUAACACAUGCCAUGUAUAUUCUAAUGCUCUUCUUUUGGCUUUGUAUUCUUGGUGAGUGGUGAGUGGAUGGGUAAAGACUGGUUAGAAUGUUUGUGGCUGUGCUUAUAACAUAGCUGAAAAUAGCAUCCUGGGCAAUUCAGUCUUCAAUCAUGGGACUCAUUGUAGCAGGAUCCUUCCCAUUCACAGAAAUGUUUUAUACUGUACUGCAUGCACUCCCAUUUCAGAUCUGCACAAUCAAAGCCAAAUUCAAACAAUCCCAUAUCAAGGACACAGUCACAUGGAACCAGGAGGAAAGUUAACAUGAGUCUUAUUUUUUUAAUAAUUAGAAAAAGUCUAAACUUGAUUCCAAUGUAGAAUAAGACAGAACAAAGACCAGUUAAAAAAACAACCAAUUGUGCUUUACGUCACAAGUGUUUACACUGUAGCCUUCAGGUACCAACACAGGCUAUGGAGAAGAUUAAUUUUUUUGUCAAUUCACUUCUUUUUAAAAGCUCUGUUGUACAGCCUCCUGAUGCAGCUGUUUCAUAUUCUUGGUGCAGCAUGUCAUAUAAACAUCAUUGUAACCUGUGUUUUGUGCAUUAAGCAAAAUUAAGAUGCAUGUUUGGAACAAAUGAAAACCAACUGGCGUAGUCCCCCUUUUGUAUUUUAACAUAUUCUAACCCUAACCAUGGCUUAAAGCACUGUCUACUUCAGCUGACCACAGUACUCAAUUUGUGUAUGAACAGCCUCACAGGGGACAUCAUAACAGUGAGCUGGUUUUUGUUUUCAGACAAUUCCCUAGUUGUCUAAACAGGGUCCAUUUGUUAGUCUUACAGCAUAGCAAGGUGAUCAAUUAACCAGGAAGAUGUGCAAGAUUGCAACUCUUGAAGCAAAGGCUUCCUAGCCCCUAGACUAGACUAAUUUACAGUAGACUCAGAGUGUUUGGUUACUUAAGCUUGUCACAUUUACAUACAGCACAGGUACCGCAAUCUUUUUUGACUUGUGGAACAUAAUGUGUCAAGUUGGGUUUUCCAUUCAUGUCAGUCAAAGAAGUCUGGGAAGAGUAAGCAGCAUGGUAUUGCAGAGAAGGGGACGUCAAUAUACCAAGAAGCAUUAAAAGUGUAAUGUUUCAAAUUCAUAUUUAUUCAGACCCCUCAUUUAAUUAGAACUACUAUGAUAAAUGUAUACUUUUAUAUGUAUGUUAUACAUUUGUGUGUAUGUAUUUAUUCAUAAAAUGUAUAUACAAAAUCAGUACCUUGACAAACUUCUGACCUUUGACCAAUUCUCUCAUUUUACUGAAUUACAAAAGGUAGACAAUAGUAAGGCAAAUAUAUCCUUGGUAGGGCAAUUUUUCAUCUGUGUAAAGUUGGAGCUUUCAGAGCACAGGGGUUGAAUACUCAUGCAAAUGCCUUAUUUCAGUUUUUAUUUUUCUUAGAUAUUUUAAAAGAUAUUUUCACAUUAACAUAAAACUAAUGUCACCAAUCUGUUUUUAAAUAAAAUAUCACACAGAACAAUUUCAGUAAAAUGUGAGAAUUGGUCAAGGUUCUGAAUUCUUCUACAAGGCACUGUGUGUGUGUGUGUGUGUGUGUGUGUG